UCCACUCUCAAAUUUUCCUUUGCCGAUGAUGGUCAUGGAGAUUGAAGCAUCUGCACACACUUAGAUUUCCAUUUCAUAACAAGGUAAGAAUCUUUUGAAAUAUAUACAAGCCACCUACAAGGAAGAAGUAUACAAGGCUAUCCCUUGUUCCUCAAACAAAAGCACCAGUCUACAAACUUUCAUUCAUCUUUGAGCUUCACGCAUGGCUGCUUCUUGGGCAAACGAAGCCUCUUCCUCUUCCUCCACUGCACAACGCAAAUAUGAUGUCUUCCUGAGUUUCAGUGGCAUUGAUACUCGCUUAAAAUUUACCAGUCAUCUGUUCUCUGCUUUAGAGCGACAUGGUUUUUACACAUUUAGAGACGACACAAAGCUCAACAAAGGAGAACAUAUUGGUUCUGAACUACUAAAAGCAAUUGAGGAAUCUAGUAUUUCAAUUAUUGUGUUCUCAAAAAAUUAUGCAAUGUCGAGGUGGUGUCUGGAUGAACUUGUGCAGAUCAUGAAGUGCAGGAAGACAUGUAAUCAGAUUAUUCUGCCUAUUUUUUAUGAUGUUGAUCCAUCUGACGUGCGGGGGCAGAAGGGGAGCCUUGCAGAAGCAUUUGCCAAGCAUGAAGAACAUUUUAGAAAGAGUUUAGAUUGCAAGGUGGAGAAGUGGAGGGCAGCUCUUACUGAGGCUGCUAAUUUGUCUGGUUGGGACUUGAAGAACGUGUACAACGGAGAUGAAGCGAAGUUAAUUGCUAAAAUCAUUGAGGAAGUUGGAAAUGUAAUAGAUCUUGAACAUCUAAGUGUUGCAGACCACCCGGUUGGACUAGAGGAUCGUGUGCAGAAACUCAGAAUGUUGUUGCGCAUGGAGUCAAAUGAUAAUGUCGUUCGCAUUGUUGCAGUAUGGGGGAUUGGUGGACUAGGGAAGACAACAAUAGCUAAAAAUCUGUAUAAACUCAUCCACCGUAGAUUUGAUGGUAGCAGCUUUCUUGCAAAUGUCAGAGAAACUUGGAAGAAAUCAAAUGGUCUGUUAAAAUUACAAGAACAACUUCUUUCCGAUAUAUUCAAAAAUGAAAUUCAUCACAUCAGAAAUAUUCACCAAGGAAAAGAGGUCAUAAUACGGAGAGCGUUGCAUCGUAAGGUUCUACUUGUUUUGGAUGACGUGGAUGACAUUAAACAAUUGAAGGAAUUAGCCAUAGAUCGAGCUUAUUUUGGUUAUGGAAGUAGAAUCAUCAUAACAACGAGAGAUUUGUCUUCAUUAAAUUUUGAAGUGGACGAGAUAUAUACACCAGAGGAGUUGGAUGAGGACAAAUCUUUUCAACUCUUCAGUUGGCAUGCCUUUAAGGAAGACCAUCCCAUAGAAAACUAUGUGAAACUUUCAAAACAAGUUGUGGACUAUGCUAAAGGGCUUCCAUUAGCUCUUGAAAUUUUGGGUUGCUUUUUGUCUCGCAUCAGAAGCAUACCGGAAUGGGAAAGUGUAAUAGAAAAAUUGAAAAAAAUUCCUCAUGAAGGCAUUCAAGAAAAACUUGAAAUAAGUUACAAUUCGUUAAGUAAAGAAGUGAAGGAGUUAUUCUUGGAUAUAGCUUGUUUCUUUGUUGGAAUGGAUCGAAAUUUUAUAAUCAAAAUAUUAAAAGGCUGUAAAUUAUUCCCUGAAAUUGGGUUGAGAAUUCUGUUUGAUCGUUGUCUCAUAAAAUAUGGGCCUGGGAACAAGCUUGUGAUGCAUGAUAUGAUUAGAGACAUGGGCAGAGAAAUCGUCAAGAAAGAAUCUAAUGAUGAGCCUGGAAGGCGUAGUAGAUUGUGGCAUCAUGAAGAUGUUCUCGAAGUGUUGAGAUAUGGCACGGGUACUGAAGUAGUUAAGGGCCUCUUCCUGAACUUUCCCGAGUCAAAAGAAGUCCAAGUGAAUGCGAAGGCCUUUGAAAAUAUGAACAAAUUGUGGCUUCUUCAUCUCGAUUACGUUCACCUAAGUUCAGGUUUUUAUCAUAUUUUUAGAAGGCUAUUAUGGCUAAGUUGGAAUGGUUGUCCGUUGGUAUGGUUGCCAUCGAAAUUAUACAUAGAUAAGUUGGUUGCUCUUGACUUGCGUCAUAGCAAACUGAAACGAGUUUGGAAGGGAACCAAGGAUCGUAAUAAUCUGAAAUUCCUUUAUCUCAGUCAUUGUUAUUACCUAAUUGAAACCCCGAACUUCUCUGGACUCAACAAUCUUGAGGAACUAUUGAUUGAUAACUGCAUAAGGUUGGUAGAGAUUGACGAAUCUAUUGGAUGUCUCAACAAACUUAUUGUCCUAGACAUGGCAAAUUGUAAAAAACUUGGGAAGUUUCCUUCAAGGAUUUGGAUGUUGAAAUCUCUUGAGUAUCUUGAUCUCUCGGGCUGCUCCAAACUAAGAGAAUUUGCUGGAUUUAAAGGAUCACUAUCAAAAUCAGCGUACACAUUUUUCUCAUCUUGGGCAUUGCCAAGAAAGAACGUGGAUUCCAUUGGUUUUUCACUACAGGGUUUAAGAAGUUUGAAGACAUUGAAGAUAGCCAAUAUGUCAUAUCUGCCCAGUGAAAUUGGGAGUUUGGUCACAUUAACACAUUUGGAUCUUAGUGGAAACAAGUUCUUGUGUACGUUACCGGAUAGCAUCUAUAAUCUUACUCGCUUGUAGAGAUUGGAUAUGGAAAAUUGCAAUGUAUCAUGUCUGUCUAGUGAUAUUGGGAAUUUGAUCUCAUUAACACAUUUGGAUCUUAAUGGUAACAAUUUGUGUACCUUACCGGAUA